AUGGCAUUUGGUGUGUCUAAUACACCUAGAGUAUUCAUGGAGUACAUGAAUAGAAUAUUCCAUCUGUACUUAGAUCAGUUUGUGGUUCUAUUCAUAGACAACAUUUUGAUCUAUUUAAAGUCUGAUGAAGAGCACGCAGAACAUUUGAGGGUUGUGUUGCAGACUUUGCAAGAGAAGCAGCUUUAUGCGAAUUUGUCCAAGUGUGAGUUCUGGUUAAAGGAAGUGAGUUUCCUUGGUCAUGUAAUUUCUGGUGGCGGUAUUGUUGUUGAUCCAUCGAAAAUAGAUAUGGUGUUGCAGUGGGAGACUCUGAAGUCUGUUACAGAGAUCAAAAGUUUUCUUAGCUUGACUGGUUAUUACAGGAGGAUUAUUGAAGGUUUUUCGAAGUUAAUGCUGCCUUUAACUCAAUUGACUAAAAAGGCCCAGGCUUAUGUUUGGGAUGUGCAUUAUGAAGGGAGUUUUCAAGAACUCAAGAGGAAGUUGACAUAUACUCUAGUUUUGAUUUUGUCGAUUCCAAGUGAAUCCUUUGUGGUAUAUUGUGAUGCUUCAAAGAUGGGUCUAUGUGGUGUGUUGAUUCGGAAUAGUCAGCUUGUGGCUUAUGCUUCUAGGCAAUUGAAGGUUCAUGAUAGGAAUUAUCCCACGCAUGAUCUAGAGUUGGCAGUUGUGGUGUUUGUGUUAAAGAUUUGA